UCAGCAAUGGCAGCAAUUCGGAAAAAGCUAGUUAUUGUUGGAGAUGGUGCCUGUGGGAAGACCUGCCUGCUCAUUGUAUUCAGCAAAGAUCAGUUCCCUGAGGUCUAUGUACCAACUGUCUUCGAGAACUACAUUGCUGAUAUUGAAGUAGAUGGAAAACAGGUGGAACUGGCUCUGUGGGACACAGCGGGACAGGAGGAUUAUGACAGGCUACGCCCACUUUCUUACCCUGAUACUGAUGUGAUCUUGAUGUGUUUCUCUAUUGACAGUCCUGACAGUUUAGAGAAUAUUCCUGAGAAAUGGACACCAGAAGUGAAACAUUUCUGUCCCAACAUUCCCAUUAUUCUUGUCGGUAACAAAAAAGAUCUAAGAAAUGACGAACACACUAGAAGAGAGCUGACAAAGAUGAAGCAGGAGCCAGUUAAACCAGAAGAUGGCAGAGAAAUGGCCAACAGAAUCAAUGCAUUUGGCUACCUGGAAUGUUCUGCUAAGACAAAGGAUGGAGUGAGAGAAGUUUUUGAAAUGGCCACAAGGGCUGCCUUACAAGUUAGGAAACACAGGAAGAAGCAACAUUGUUCUAUUUUAUAAUAAGGUUCCUAAGGCUUUUAGAAAGACCAAGAGAAGAACAAAGUGAGAAGCUCUUUGUUUUGCUGCUGCACCACCUGCUAUGUUGAUGCCAGAGACUUCAGUAGCAAAGAGCUGUAUGUAUCAAUGUUUUUUGUUUGCUUGUUUUUUUGAUUUAGUUUUUUAAUUAGUUUUUUCCCGACCUAUUGAUCUCUGUGCAAUUAGGCAAUGUCUGACAAAACAGUUUUCAAGAUAAAGCAGAAGAAGAUUUUAGAUGUAAGGGAUCCCUAUUUUCAUUUCUGACUUUAAAAGGGAUUAUGGUUGGCUUUUUCUCUGUGCCAUAUUCUGGCUUUUCUGGCUAGAAAAUAUUGGUCUAAUAUUUUAAAUGUCCAGUUCUCUUGGCAUAUUCUCCAUUUUGUUGAACUCUGCCAGUUAUUUUCCCUUACUGUACAUUUGAAAGUUACUCAGUCUACAUACAAUUCUUGCAUAGCACAAUACAGUCUACAAUCAAGUUGUACUACUCCUUCUUAAUGUUUUUUCCAUGGUCUCCCCAUUUCCUUCUAUGUUACCCUAGCUAUAAAAGUCUUUGGUGCCCAAAUGGACCAAGAAAACAGGUUCUUGGGCUUUUCUCUUUUUCUCUCUUUUUAUUUAUUUAAUUUUUUCGAUGUGUUGCUAAUAUUGAGUUGUUUUUUUUAAAUUUCUCAAAAUGAAUACACAAAAUCAUGUGUUUAAAUUAUUUUACUUCUUAGGGAUUUUAAAAUGUGCAAGUGUUUCUUGAAAGGUAAAUUAAUAUUUUUUACACAAGCACUUAAAUGCUAGUUGCUUGUAUAAGAGUCCAUUUGGCAUCUGGAUACUCCAGACAUACAUAUGCAUUUUCAAUCUAAAGGAAAAAGUAGAAUAUAAACCCCUUCGUUUUACUAUAACAAAUAAGUGUUUUCUCCAGGAUUGCCUAUACUGCUGUUUUUGCUAUAGAAAAUCAUUAUAGGGUUGUUAAGGUUUAACACAGUGGCAGGCAUUUCUUGGCCUUUACUUCAGAGUUCCCUUUUGCCUUCUUUUUCAAUAACGGAUUUUCUCCCUGCAGAACAAUAUACAAGCAUGGCUUUUUGAGUGUUUGGAACAUUUCUUUUCUGCAUAUUUAAAGUUGCACGCAUAAAGGUCAGUGGCAUUCUUUUUACACGUGCUGUGCCAGAAUCCCAUAGAACAGCACAACAUUCUAGCCAUUCAGCAGCUCCCACUCAUCUCCAUCUGGAUAUCUAGAUAAGAAAUGUUUUUGCACUCGAUAAGAUAUCCCCUAUUCUUAUUUCUAAGAGGAUGGUUUGGAUAAAGCUGUUACGGCAACUUCUUUAUUAUCAAUUGCUUCAGCUUACAUCAGUAAUCAUUUUCAUCCCAUUCUGAUCUGUGCCAAAUGUAUGUAGCUUAUUUUACCCUAUCCAAAUCCAGAUAAUGUACACUGGUAUCUUCUUAAUCAUUAUCUUAGGCAUGUGGGGCAUUUUUGGCAGGGUAACAAAAUGCCCAAAAAUACUUUGCCUUUGACCUGAAUGUAAUUUGCAACGGCAGGUUUUUCAAGUGAUUAUGGAUUAUGAGUGACAUACUGAUGGCAAUUUACAUUCAGGGAAAUGGCAAGGUAUUUGGUGUUUUGUUGCCUGCAGGGAGCAUGUGCCAUUGCCCUUACUAGUAGAGAUCAUUAGUGCCCAUCAUCCUUAGCCAGUGAUGCCAUUCUCCACCUGAUAAAAGUAUAUGACUUGACUGAUAUUGGUUCCCAAACUGUGGGAUUGGGGUUGCAGCAGUGGUGAGGAGAGCCCAAAUCAAUUUGGUUGAGAUCUCGGGAGAAUAACGACUCUCCUAGCUACAUCUGGAAACUUAGCGUGAAUAAAAAUUCAGCAUUAAGGUGGCCGUGUCGGCAGCUUAUUGGCCCCCGACAGGCUUCACCGAUCGAGAUCUGGCCGAAAGUCGGA